GAGGGAGGGGAGGAAGGUUGGAGCAUCGCCAGUGUUUCCCGGCAACAACAUCAGCAAGAGGCAGGAAUCCACCCGCUCUCCAUUCAUUCGUUUAUUUCCACCUCUUGUUUCUAAUCCUUUAUUCCUCCUCUGCUGCUGCUUCCCUUCAUCCCCCUCUCUCUCUCUCUCUCCCCCCGUAGUUAGAGGAGGAGGAGGAGGAGGAGGAGGAGGAGGAGGAAGGAGGAGGAGGAGGAAGGAGGGAGGGGUGGAGAGGAAAAGCAUUGCGAUACUGCAGGAACAGACUGAGGAGCUACAGGAGAGAAGAGAGAGGGAGAGGAAACAGAGAGGUGGAAGAAGAAGGAGAAAAGGAAAAUCAGAAAGAAAAAGAGAGGUAAAAUAAAAGAAAUGGACAAAAGGAGGUAGAUUUAAAGGAAAAAGGGGCAAAAAUGAGGUAAAGUGAGAGGGAAAGGAAAGGAGAGGGGGUAUAGAUAAAGGUAAAGAAAGAGACGGAAGGAGCAAGAGGAAAAGAAAGAUAAAAGAAAGGUGAGGAUAAAGAGAAGUAGGCGAAAGAGGAAAAAGGUCAAAUGACAGAAAAACAGCAGGGAGAAAUAACAAGUGGGAAAACAGGACUGAGAGGAUGAAAAGAUGUAGCAGAGAGAGAAGAAGAGGAGGAGAACGAGGGAUAACGGCAGAAAGUAGAGGUGAACAGAAGAGGUCUAAAUUUUAGGUUCAGAGGCAGAGAUUUGGUGCAACGUUUGACUCAAGGAUGCAGUCGGAUGGAGGGAUGCAAAAUGGAUAAAGCUGUUGUAUUUUUUUUUCUGGGUUGAGAAACUGAACUAAAUCUCCACAAAUCUCUGCAGGACUUUCACACUUUGCUCCGUUUUAUAUGGAUCAUGUUUCAACGCGAACUCCACUCGUUUUUCCCUGAAAACUUCCAGCCGCUCUGACCGACUCCGAUCCACCAGACUUCAUGUCCGAGAUGAAACACGAGGACACAGAUGGACAGACGGAUGGAAAGUUUACUGAUGUGUGAAGAUUAAAGUGAGACGGCGGUCAUUUUGAUUGACUAACGGACUGAAAACUGUUGGAAUAUUACAAACAAAUUCCCUGAGCAGUAUGGUGGGAAGGACUCUAAUUACUUUACAGAGGAUUACAGAAGUUACUGGUGGGCAGACGACGAGUUUACUGAUAUUUUAAGAAUACAUUCGGACUGGGAAACUUUGAAAAAGUCCCAUAUUCCUUUACAUGUCAGGCAAGAAUUAGUCUGAAAAGAGGUUUCAGCUGGACAAACCAUUCGUUUACUAAUGCACAAAAGUUGAAGGGACACGUGUAGUUUUAAUUGAUGAACCAAUAAAAAUUUUUGGAAAACUCCCAAAUCCCUUUAGGAAUUUGGUGAGAAUGACUCUAAUCACGAGACAUCACUUUACUAAGUGGUACAGAACUGAUCGAGUUUACUGAUCUCUCGAAGAUAAAUUGAUACCGUUGGGCGAUUGUUGGCAGACGUACAAUUGUACAAUUUGAUUGUCGAACCAAGGAACAUCUUGGGAAACUCCCAUAUGCCCGUAGGACUUUGGUAGGGAAUUACUUUAAUCGGACAUCAUUUUACAGAUGAUAAUAAAAGAUAAUACAGAAAGAUGGACAGCCAUUUUACAAAUCAUUUUAAGAAUACAUUUGGAUUGUUGGACUUAUGUUUGAUUGACGAACUGAGCAAAGUCUUGGAAAACUCCCAAAUUCUCUCAGGUCUUUGGUGAGAAUGAAGCUGAAAAGAGGAAACAGCAGGAUAAACAAAUUGUUCCCUGAUAAGUAAAAAAUAGUUAAGUGAUACGACUAGUUUUGAUUGACGAACCAAGAUAAAUCUUGGAAUACUUACAGAUGAUAAGCGAAGUUAUUGAUCAGUUUACUGAUAUUGUAAGAGUAAAUUGAUACCGUUGGACGUUUAGCAGAGGUACGAGUACGACUUAAACCUGUUGGUCCCUCAGGAGUUUGGUCAGAAUGACUCUAAUCAUUUAAACUUGGACGUUUGUUGGCAGAGGCAGAAGUAGAUUUGAUUGACGCACCAAGAAAAACCUUAGAAAACUUCCAAAGUUCCUGAGGAUUUUGGGAGAAUGCUUCUGAAAACAGGAUACUUCUGGAUAAACAAAUCAUUUACUGAGAAGUAAAACUUUAAGUCAUAAGACUGACAAUGGUAAAAUAAGUUAUUUGGACUAAAAGAAAUAUGGAUCACUAUUAAAAUCCCUUCUGGAACAACUAAUUCUCCUUCGGAUGUUGAUGGAUUCUGACAGGAUACCUUUGGAUACUUGUUGCUAGAACACAUUGUUUUGGAUUUUGGAUCGAACAUCUGGUCUAAACCUGUUUGAAAACUCUUCUUGAACCUAUCACAUAAUCUCUGACUCACUUUGACCUGGAAACUUUAAUUUUUCCGAAUCACUUCUGGCUCCACGUGCUGAUUUUCUCGCUGCAAUGAUUCAAUAUCGCAGUCGCUGCUCAGCCUUGACGACAUUUAUCAGAUUUCCCUCCUUUAGAGUUGUGACUUUCCCUUCUUGUUGGAAUAAAUCUGGUUCUUUACGAUGGUGAAUGAGGACGAGAACAAGUUUGGACCUGGUUCCUCUUCAAGGCGAAGAACGUUGAGCAGAUAAUGGAUUGGAAGGAACUGGCGGCUCAGAAGCUCAGUCUGUCCCGCAGGAAGAAGUCCCAGCCCGGCCCCGCCUCCUCAGGGCCUGGUGAGGCCCCGGGGCCCCUGCUGUACAUCGGGGGCUUCAGCGGGGCCCUGCAGCUCUCCCCGCCCGCUAUCCCACCAUGCCUCCUCCGGGCCGGGUCAAAGGUUAAGGACACCCCGGGGAUGGGGAAGGUCAGAGUGAUGGUCCGGAUCUGUUCGGUCCACAGCAGCGAGUCCUCAGAGUCCAUGUCCCUCCUCAAAGUGGACGGCAGAAAGAAGCAGCUGACUCUCUGCGAGACGUCAGCCGGCGGACGAUCCUCCGCCUCCGCACCAAAGACCUUCAUGUUCGACGCCGUCUUCUCCCAGGAUGCUUCACAGGCUGAGGUGUGUUCGGGGACGGUGGCUGAGGUCAUCCAGUCGGUGGUGAACGGAGCGGACGGCUGCAUCUUCUGCUUUGGACACGCUAACCUGGGUAAGACGUACACCAUGAUUGGUCGGGACUGCUCCACCCAGAGUCUGGGCGUGGCUCCGACAGCCAUCUCCUGGCUCUUUAAAGUGAUCGAGGAGCGGAGGGAGAAGUCUGGAGCUCGUUUCUCUGUCAGAGUGUCGGCUGUGGAGAUCUCCGGUCGGGAGGAGACGCUCACCGACCUCCUGGCUGAACUCUCCUCCUCCUCGGCAGGGGGCCACCAGGAGGCCCCGAGCCCCGCAGUGUCACUGCGAGAAGACCCCCUCUGUGGAUCCCAGCUGCAGAACCAGACGGAGCUGCGGGCGACCAAUGCCGAGCGAGCAGCGUUUUUCCUGGACGCCGCCCUGGCAGCAAGGAGGAGCAGCCGGGCGCCGAGCGACCAGGAGGUCCGGAGGAACUCGCACUUCCUGUUCACCCUGCACCUCUAUCAGGAGAGGCUGGACAAGAGCAACAAGGCAGCAGUGUCUGGUCGGAGUCGUCUCCACCUCCUGGAUUUGGGAAGCUGUGAGACGGACAUCAGCAGGACCAGAGAGGGAGGUGGAGGUCAGUGUCUGUCUCUGUCUGCGCUGGGAAACGUCAUCCUCGCCCUCGCCAACGGGGCCAAGCACGUUCCCUACAGAGACAGCAAGCUCACCAUGCUGCUUAGUGAAUCCCUGGGAAACAUCAACUGUCAAACCACCAUGAUCGGCCACAUCUCGGACUCCCCGGCGAACUACAUGGAGACGCUGACCACAGUGCAGCUGGCCUCCCGCAUCCACCGCAUGAGGAAAAAGAAGUCAAAGUAUGCCUCCAGCUCGUCCGGAGGGGAGAGUUCCUGCGAAGAAGGCCCAUCCCAUCGACCUCCUCAUCUUCGACCCUUCCACCCUCGGACCGUGGCCCUCGAUCCGGACACGCCUCUGCUGCUCUCCAGCGAUCCUGACUACUCCUCCAGCAGCGAACACUCCUGCGACACCGUCAUCUACGUUGGGCCUGGAGGGACGGCCAUCUCGGACCGAGAACUGAGCGAUAACGAGGGACCACCGUCCUUUGUUCCUAUCAUCCCCUCCCUGAACCAAAAGCGAGUCAAAGAUGCACGCAGGUCUGAUGGCGAUCACUUUAAGUGUAACACGUUUGCAGAGCUGCAGGAGAGACUCGACUGCAUCGACGGCAGCGAGGGCCCGGCCACAUUCAGCACAGAGGGCAAAGCAACACAAGUAGCAGCGCUCAGGACUCAGACUGGAGCUACUAAACCCACAGAAGCAACGUCUCCACCCAAAUCUGAUAAGAACUUCUCCCGCAGGUUCUUAGAAAGCACAACAAGCACAUGCACAAAUAAGCCUGAUGAGGAACAAUCCAAAUUCCCUUCAGCCAGCAGUUUCAUGGACACUUCCAAACGGACAAGUGCAGAUGGGGAGAAACUUUUAGCCACUUUCUUUCAGCCAUGUAUGGUAAAGCCCAGUGGGACUUUUUCCCAGGACUCAGAGCCUGUGGUGCGAGAGAAGGUCUUCCUCAAAGGAGGUGUACCCAAGCCGUCGGCUUCACCGUCCUUACCCAGGACAUCCAGGGCGGAAUCUCAGCCUGGGGAGGUUGUCGGUAGGACUCCCCCAGUGGGUAUGAGUCAACAAGCACUGGGGCAAGGCCAACCACUGGGGUCCCUUAACACAGAAAGGGUUCCUCUUACAAGUAGAUUCCCCAUGGAGGUCAACAAUCUUCGUGCAGCUCUGCUAGGAAGAUGCCUUGACAGGGAUUUUCUGAGGACUACCGUUACACUGCAGCAGCCCGUGGAGCUAAACGGGGAGGAUGAGCUUGUGUUCACAGUCGUAGAGGAGCUUCCUCAUGGCCUUGUCCCAGACAAUGGCCGUCCCUCUAACCUCCGCAGCUUCAACAAUGACUGCUCUCUGCAGGCCUUAGCCUCUGGCUCUCGCCCUGUAAGCAUCAUCAGCAGUAUUAACGAUGAGUAUGAUGCUUAUACAUCUCAACAAGGAGCCGUGGGACCUGGAGCUGAUGUUGGCACUGACUGUCAGGAAAUGUUGUUUUCCCAACAUGGCAACAAGCAGUCAACUGUUGGCUCGUGGCCAAGUGAAGUGAGUGCUGAUUCAGCUGAAAGUGAAGGCACUCAUUCAAUAAACAAGCUUUACUUGAGGGACAAGAACAUGGCAACAGAGAAUGCAUCCAUGCUAACCUCGCCAAGUAUAUUUCAUGAACAGCCAUUUUUUCAGCAUGGCAUGAAGAGCUCCCUGAAUGACAGCGGCAUCUGUUUCUCAGAGCUGGACAGUGGCCAUGCUACUCCAAACAAACCUUCUUUUACCAAGUGCCCUCCCUCCCUUGACUCAACCAAAGCCCCUCUCAAAGGCUCUCUCAAGGUGAGAGCCAAUACUUUGAACACUUCAGUGUCAGCCCAGAUUCCCCAUCACACCACCCAUUCCAGUCUUCCCAGAAAAACCAAGCCUACCUCAUCUGCAACUGUGGGCUGCAGCAGACAGGAAGGCAGACAUGAUGACUUUUUGCUUCAGGGAAGCAGUGACUUUGAUCCCAGAGAGGUUGAGUUUCUCUCUGCAGGUAAGCCACCAAGAAGUGGCAUGAGUAGUGGUUCAUCUAAGAGGCCUGGAGGAAACAGUGACAACGUACCUCGGCCACCAAAAGCACAAAUGUCGUCUUCAGCUCAGAGGGUUGUGGACGGUUGUGAGAAGUCCAGCAGCAGGAGAGGAGAUACUCUCAUCAAGCUGCCACGGCUCACCCGAGGUGCAACGACUCUAGGAACUGUUUCUAUUCCCCAGAGUUCUGAAUCGAAAUGGGGUCAUGAGGGUACUUCAGUGACAGGUACCCAGAGGUUUUCAUCCUUGGGAAAAAAGUCAAAUGGGCAGAAAAGCAGCGUAAUCUCCAAGUCUGGAUCCGGAAACAUUUCUCCUCCUGCUCCACCUGUCAGACAGUCAAGCCAAGAACAAAAGACAAGGACUGCGCUAUCUCCAAGUGCCUUAAAAACAAGCAGCGACAUUGGAAAGUCCUCAUUCCCUAAAACAUCGACCUCAGAGGAAGAAUUUAACAUCAGGCUCCGGGCAGACUCAUUCAGCCACAGGACAUCUAGUUUAAAAACUGAACAUUGCUCUGCCAAGACAUCUUCAAGCCUGAAGACACGAGGGGUGAAAGCAGAGUCUUCCAGGUACUAUGGGAGUCUGAUGUCUCUGGAGAGAUGUGACGGUCAAACCUUAGCUGUGUCCAAGCCUGAACUCUUCAGGGAGAACAGUGGUGCUACUUUAGGAGGUAACAGCAGAUCCAACAGACCAGUGCCAAGACUCGGGGUUCCAGUAUCCACCUCCACAUCUGCUUCUUCUUCCCAAGUUCCUUCUGGUGUUUUUGCAACUACAAGCAAACUGGGGCAGGUCAAAGGCAACAUCAGCUCACGAACAGCAGUUUCUGGUGGAUCAAAGGUACGGACUCUGUCUACCAGCAGUUCCAAGAGCCUGAACUCCUCCCCUAAACCUCUUGAUAAUGUAGCUGGACGCAACACUAGCCUACCUCCAAUCGGUAAGUCCCCAGCUAGGUCGGGGACAGGAGCCAAGACAGGAAGAGGAACCAUCAUGGGCACAAAGCAGGCAAUCAGCAGGGCGGCUAACAGCCGGGUUAGCGAGCUAGUCACUGGAAGCCAAAGGAAGCAGCUCAGUAGGGGGCCCGGAGUAACAGGUAAUGAUGGCACUGACAGUGGGACUAGUAGUGUCAGUGGGUCACCAAUCAACACGCCACUACCAUCACCUUACAGCAAGAUCACCGCGCCUCGGAGGCCGCAGCGCUACAGCAGUGGACAUGGCAGUGACAACAGCAGCAUCCUCAGUGGUGAGUUGCCCCCAGCCAUGGGUCGCACCGCCCUGUUUUACCACAGCGGGGGAAGCAGCGGCUAUGAGAGUAUGAUCCGAGACAGCGAGACAACUGGCAGUACCUCUUCAGCGCACGACUCAAUGAGCGAGAGUGGAGUGUCCUUGUCCAAUAGAGGCAGAGUUUCUAAGUCGCCCAAGAAGAGAGGAAAUGGUUUCCAGCGGCGCCGUCUGAUCCCAGCUCCCCUCCCGGACACCUCCUCUCUGGGCAGGAAGGUGGGGAGUCAGUGGGUGGACGUGCCACCGCUGGGCGGCACCCUGAAGGAGCCCUUUGAGAUAAAGGUGUACGAGAUCGACGACGUGGAGCGCCUGGAGAGGAAGAGGGAGGUGGUGACGGGGUCAGAGCAGCCGUUCCAUGAUGUUGAAAAGGGUCUGCUCUACUUUAACGCCCGGCUCAGGAUGCUGGAGAAGCGGCAGCAGCAGAUCAGAGAGCUGAAGAGCAAACACGAGAGGCUGAAGGUGGAGCUGGAGGAGGCCAAGAGCCGGCUGAUGCUCCACCCGAGCAAAUGGAGCGGAGAGUUCGACGUAGACCAGGACUUGGACCGGGAGUCCCAGGAGUACCUGGAGGCUCUGGCUCAGGCCACGGCAGAGCUGGAGUACUGCGUCAACCUCUGCAAGUCCCGCGUUAUGAUGGAGACAUGCUUCGACAUCGCCGUGAUGACGGCCGCCGCCGCCACGCAUGGAGGACAGCAGGAGGUGGAGGUCUGAGAGGAGAGACCGGCAUGGAUAUAUUAAAAGAGCUGGAUACUGCACCACCGCUGUCAAUCUGGCCACUCGCGGUACUGCAGCGAAAAUAUCCCCUGAGGCCCAAAAAGCAUUUCCCCCGUCUUUUCUAAAAGAGACGUCUGUAAAACCAACCAACCAGUAUCAGUAUGUCGGUCCAACACUUGGUCCUGACCGAAAUAUCUCAACAACUACUGGAUACACUGUCAAGAAGUUUGCCACAACAGAAAGACAAAAACUUCCCCAGGGGGGCGCCGGAGAGCUGAAGGGGGGAUACUGAACGAUACUGCGUGAGGUCAAUUUGAGUCAAAAAUCACACUCCUUCUCAGAGUCAUAACUCCGUCAGAUCUGAACUCACAGACAUGAAACACACUUACAGGUGUGACUGAUCAAAUGUAUGGACUCACACUUCCAGAGGAGAUCAUCGUCUCUGACGUCCGUCCAGAAUAAACCUCCAGAAAUCCACUAAGAAAAAAAAAAGCCGCUGCAGAAGCUGCCUGAGUUUCCUUCAGUCUCACAGUGAUCCAGAGACAGCUGUCUGUCCGUCCACGGGUCCACUGCAGACAGGAGCUGCUGACUGCUGGUUCGGCUGCUCUGAUGGGACAGUUUGACUGAAUGUGAACACAUACAGGUUAAAAAACAAGAUUCAAAAGAGAAUAGCAGUACCUACCUGUAGCUUUUAAGGGGUCUUGCUCUCCUCAUGGUUUUAAUUCUUUCGCAGACCAGAGCAGGUCACCCCACCUCCCCUAGAGACAUGAAUCCAGUCUGAAUGGGGCUUUACUGUGGUUAAUGCGUGAAGGUUUAAUGUUUGUGAAAUCCCAUAUGGAGCGUAAGUGUGUGUGCAGUGGGACGCACCAGAAAACUUUUUUGGCUUAUGCACUCAGCGAGCAGUUUUCAUUUCAAUGAAUGGCCGCCAUGUCGAAGUGCGGUAUCCAGUUCUUAUAAUACAUUUAUGGCAACCAACGGGAGGCGGACAGAGGAGAGAGACGAGAAGAGAGAGUGAGGAAAGGGAUGAUUUAUUGUACAUCGUUCAUAUCAGUGGACAAAACGUCCAACAACCUCAUUCAGUCAUACAAAGUAAAACCUCUGAAAACAGAAUAAUUGAGUUACAGCAGGAAAAUACUAAAAGUAAAGAACAAAGGAAAAAACUGGUUUCUAAGUGGAAUCACGGAACAUGUUGCUGACGACUGAUGGAUCAGUUUCUGAUGCAAAAUCAAACUUUUCUGGAUUUAUUUUCCACACAGAUGGAUGUUUGUUCUCUCUGGAGAUGUCCUAUCACAGCAGAGGAACACGCUGCUGGUCCUGGAUCAGAAUCGUGAAGAUAAACAGAUCUCAAAAAGGAUGAAAGCUCUGGAAGUGCCUUUGUAUUUAUUAUCUAAUUUAAUACAUUUAUUUCUAAGUAUUAUUUUCCUUAUUUAUUAUGUUUUUCUAUUUAUCAUGUCUAAUAUAUUCGUUAUGCAAAAAGAUGAUAUGAUUGACAGUGUUUGUAUGAUAAAAAGAAAAGGAGAGAAGAGCAAAGACUCAGUUAUUGUUGCAAACCUCCGUCUUUGCCUUCAUCUGGAUUAUGUUGCUGCCUUUGACACCAACACUGACUCAGAGUUUCUCUAAUUUCUCUCAGAUUACAGACGUCUGUUUGUGUCUUGCAUGUUUCUGCUGGUUGUCAGGUUUGAUGUUCAUCUCCAGGAAGGCUAAAAAUCAGGAGCUCCGUGGAGGAAAACAAACCGCCCUCCUUCUCAAAGUCAUGACUCAAAUCUGAACUCACAGACAUGAAGCACAUAUUUUUAGAUUCAGUGUGACGCACACUUCCAGAGGAGAUCAUCGUCUCUGAUGUCCAUUGCUGAGAAACCUCCAGAAAUCCACUUAGAAACCAGAGAAAAAGCGGCUGCAGAAGCUGCCUGAGAAUCCUGCUGUUUCUAAGUUUCCUUCAGUCUCGCAGUGAUCCAGAGACAGCUGUCUGUCCGUCCACGGGUCCACUGCAGACAGGAGCUGCUGACUGCUGGUUCGGCUGCUCUGACGGGACAGUUUGACUGAAUGUGAAGAACACAGAGUGGACGGGAACAGACAGGCAGUGUAAACUGAGGCGUCUGUGUGAGUUGAAAAUGUUUAGUAGUCAAAUUCCUACAUGCGAUACAACAGGCUGUUUGUCUUUUGGUCACCUGACGAGUUAAAUAUCAUCUGAAUAUCAACUGUCCAAACGAAAUAUUUCCAAAUCUGAAAAACUCUUCUGCAAAUAAGAAUUCAUUUGUUCCUCAUUCAAUCAUCGUUUUUACAUUUGAGACUUUUUCAUUAUUACUUUCCAGUCACAAAAAAGUGAAUUCAAAGACAGUGUAGAAGAACAAACUGGAGUCAAACCCUGUUUGUCAAAAAGUGAUUCUUUUCUUUUUUUAAACUGCUGGCUGUGUUUCUUCGAGCAUUUUUCCUCCGUUACCUUUUGAAAGUCUCUCCUUACCUCGACAUUAAAACAUCUCAGGCUCUUUUUAAAGUUGCUGCAUGAAAAGUUUUCUUCUUUUUUAAAUAUGCGACAUUCUGCAUUUACUCUUUGUUUCUGAGGUUGUGUUUGUUAUAGAGGAAGAGAAGAAAGGAGUUUUGCCAAACCCAUUUUUUGAUGUUGCUCUGCUGAUGUGAGACCUUUAAUAUUAUAUUCAGACCUUUUUUAUUUGUUUUGGUACUGUACAGUUUUAUAAUUAUUUAUAAAGAAAAGAGAAGAGUGGAAAUGUACAGGAUGAGUGGAUCACCUCGUGUCAUACAUGUUAAUAAAGAGUCUUUGGUUAAAUUACA